UGACAGUGUUUGGCAUAUACUCACUGUGCGCACAUACAUAUAUAUUCUGACUAAUGAGUUUUAGUGUGCAUUUUACGAGGAAAUGAGUAUGGCUUGGAACUUUAAAUGAUAAGCUACGCUCUCUAUUGCGAGAUUAUUGCCAGUAGCUUCACGACUAUAAAAGCGAUGCAAUGAGAUGAUGUGCCUCAUUUGAACACCUUAGAGCAAUCAUGGCUAAUGCAAAUAUUGAGCCUUCUAGUGACGCUGCCGUUAGCAUACCAGAGUGGAUAAAUGAAGAUUUCUUCAGGCGCAUUCUCGAAAACUGCGAAAAUGAAAGUGUGAAGAUCCACAAGUUAUUGCUCUCAUCCGGCACUGCGUCAACUGAUAACUACGCGAGUGUACUGUUUCGUGCUAAAAUACGGUAUUCUCUGUGUUCCCUUCCUGCUAAGGAGAAACUUCGAUCAUUUGUAAUGAAAACCGAACCCUUUGUGGAGGGGUUGAAGAAGGAUACAAUGAAUGAAGUGCCACUCUUUGAAACCGAGGUACGGAUGUAUACAAAAGUGUUGCCGAAAAUUGAAGCGAAGCUGCGAGAGUUCGGCGAUCAAACGGCACUGGCACCAAAGCUAAUUAGGUAUAGCUUAGAGCCGCCGCGUUACAUAGUAUUCAAAGAUCUUGUGGCCGAGGGUUAUUUGCCCAUAAAAAGUUGUCCCGGUAGUCUGGAGGAAAUCAAGUUAGCUCUAAAAAAAUUAGCUAAAAUACAUGCAAUCAGCUUUCAAAUGGCACAGACGGAUCACCAUGAAUUAGCCACAUUCGAUAAAUCCUUCUUCAACACAAUCGACAUAGCUAAUUUCCCCUUGCUAAGAGAUGGAAUAAAACUAAUGAAAGAAGUAAUCAGCGAGCAAGCGGAUCUUCGAAAAUAUUUACCGCAUUUCGAAAGGGCAGAACUUAUUUUGAUACCGAAGAUGUUGGACUUAUUGAAUGCGCCUAAAAACGGUAAACGUAGUGGAAUUCAAGUGUUGAACCAUGGGGACUUUCAUGUAAAGAAUUUAAUGGUGAAAUAUGUGGACAAUAAGCUGAUCGAGUUAAUGCUGCUCGACUAUCAGGUCAGCAUCUUUGGAUCUCCCGCUAUAGAUUUGUAUUAUGCUUUUACAAUGAUGUACAGCCCGAGUAUGCGGAUGGAGAAAAUGGAUGAACUGCUUAAUUAUUAUGUUGGAAAUUUCCAAGACACUCUCCAUAUUGUACAAUACAAAGGGCAUAUUCCAACCAUUGAUGAGUUUAAGGCCGAGAUGCGCGAUUACAGACACUGGGGUCUUUACUUGAUUUCCACUUUGCUUUGUUUAAACUAUGCUUUCAUGGAGGGUAUUGAAAUGAACGAAACGGUCGAGUCGGAGACCGUGAGGCGUAAAUUAUUGGCGAAAUCAGAGGUUUUGGAUGAGUUACGUGUAAUGCUUCCACGCUACUUGUAUUUAGGCUAUUUCGAAGAGUAACAGCUAUCUGAGCAUAUACCAUACAUUUUGGCAGUGCUGGUUCAUAUUUGUAGUAAUGCCGAGCUGUUAUUGAACAUGAAUUGAGAAAUUUAGAGUUAUUGGAGAAAGUAUCUAUUGCAGAGAAAGCAUUUCAUUGCUCGCUAUUUUAACAGAAAAAUUGUGAACCCUUCCAUUCGAACGAUAAUCAGUGAAAAUUGUGGUUUCCUUUACAAUUGACAUUCAUCAAACCUAUUUGCAAACGUAUUUAUUUGUAAAUGGCCUUAUAUUCUCUUAUUACACAAUAUGCAUUAUAUGUUAAGCGUUUUCAGUUGAUUAUUGUCUUCAAGUAAUUAACUAUUUACUGUUAUUUAAAAAUGUGUAUUUAUUUUUUAUUAUCUCACCCGUCACACACUAUAAACCAAUGUUAACAAGAUAUAAAUACGUACAUAUACUAUACAUAUGUAUAUGAAUAUCAUUACUUGCGUGUCUCGUAAAAUGUAGCAGCUAAGUACCAUUAUCAGAAUAAAUGUAAUUAAACAAUUAUACAUACCGCUCAUUUACUUGAAUAGUGUCAUAACUCAAAAAACACGAUUUCAGAGUUGAGUAUGCAGAAAUGUCUAUAUUAUAAAUAAAUUAGCAUUUCUCAUUGUAAGUUUUGUGAGAUGAGAGUUGUGCAGAUGGCAACAUGAAUACUGACAGCGUAUUUCUCAAAAUCGGAACGUUUGACUCUCUCACUCAUUUUGCACUCCGGUGCAAAAUUAAUGAAUUCUGAGAAAAUCAAUGCUACUAUUAGGACAGACAUUAUUUUCAUAUGGAUUAGAUUUAAUCUGUUUUAUGGCGAAAGACAGCAAGAUAAGGAGAGUCCAUAUGUGAUGAGAUGCGUUAAGCUCAAGCAACAGUAAAACGAAUUGCUAAAAUUUUCAUCAAACGUCUUUACUUUAUCGCUGUAUAGUAUUUUUUUUUUUUUUUUUGAAUUCUUGGCCACAGCACACCUGACCGAAUAGUCGAUUUCUUAGUUUAGAGUUACAGUUGGUGUCAACGGAAACUAAUCCGUUAUAAAAUUUAUGAAAUCGAAACGCUUAUUAGUUAAUCGUUAACAUUUCACACAAAAGCUCAA